AUGAAAAAGUAUUCGCAGUCCCAGCGUGCGAUCUUUGCACUGUACCGAAAGGGUCUGCGCUUUAUCCGCACCAAGCCCGAGAGCUCGCGGCACGCGUUCACGCUGUACCUCCGCCACUUCUUUCGGCACCCCAGGAUGGGCGGCGGGAUCUCGAAGCGCGACUUUACCACGGUCGAAUAUAUGAUGCGCCGUGGGAGCCGCAUGAUUGAAGAGUUCUUUGCGAACCCCAACGCAAAGGGCGUCCAGCUCGCCAAGCCGGUCCUCCAAGAGAUGGAGGAGCACGGCCUCGCGGCGCGGUGGCUGCCGCGCACACACGAAAAGGGCGCGUAG